GACGCUGGGCUGCGUCCCUGCAGGAGCAGCCCCAUCCUCUGACAGCGUCACAUCAGCCACUGCACACAGCCAGGCAAAGCAGCUUUAACCUCCACUUUACAGCAAGGAUCAGCUGGGAAGACAUGGGCAACGUGCAGCCCACCAUAGUCCCAUAUGAGGACUUUGAUGUCACAGCUGAUAUAAAAGCUAUUCGAAAAGCAUGUAAAGGUUUUGGCACAGAUGAAGAGGCCAUUAUCCAAAUCCUGGCCAAUCGCUCUGCAGCUCAGCGCGUGGAAAUCAAACAGGCCUACUUUGAAAAGUAUGACGACGAGCUGGAGGAAGUACUGAAGAAAGAGCUGACCGGUAGUUUUGAAAAAGCCAUCGUGGCCAUGUUGGACCCCCCACAUGUCUUUUUCGCCAAGGAACUGAGGAAGGCCAUGAAGGGGGCGGGUACGGACGAAGCCGUGCUGGUCGAGAUCUUGUGCACCGCCACAAAUGAGGACAUCUUGAGCUACAAGGAGGCAUAUGUACAAGUGAAUGAUCAUGACCUGGAGGCAGAUAUUGAGGAUGAUACCAGUGGAGAUGUGAGGAACCUGCUGAUCUCACUCCUGCAGGCAAGCAGGGAUGAAGGCUACGAGGUGGAUGAGGGUUUAGCCGAACAAGAUGCUGCAUCUUUGUUUGAGGCAGGAGAGGGCAGGUUUGGCACAGAUGAGUCUACCUUCACCUACAUCCUGACACACAGAAACUACCUGCAGCUACAGGCUACCUUUAAGGCCUACGAGUCUCUUUCAGGAACAGACAUACUGGACACCAUUGAUGCUGAGGCCACAGGAACUCUUAAGGAUUGCUACGUUACUCUUGUGAGGUGUGCUAAGAACCCACAGCUGUAUUUUGCUCGCCGCCUUAAUGCUGCAAUGAAGGGACUGGGCACCGAUGAGGACACACUCAUUCGCAUCAUCAUGGGCCGUUCUGAGUUUGACUUGGAGACAGUGAAGGAUAUGUACCUGGAGAAGUAUGAUGUCACUCUGAAAGAUGCCCUGGACUCUGAGUGCGGUGGAGACUUUAAGCGCCUCCUGAUCGAGAUCCUGCACUGAAACAUUUCAUGCCUUCCUCCCUCUAGCCUUACUUAACCAUGACACUACAUGAUCCACUCUGUCUGCCAUAUUUCCACUUCACCCAUUCACUCUUGCCUUUCUUACUCCUCUCAGAGAUAGUCAGUUCUCUUUGCAGCACGGACCAAAAACCAAUCAAUAUUAUACAGUUCAGUGUUAACAUGUGGUAAACUUUUUUAAGACACACUUUGUAGCCAAGAGCAUUAUUUCAGUAAAAGGUCUUUACACAUGUAGUGAAAUACACAGUGGAGUUGCAGUCAUUGUAAGAUUAAGGCAGUUUUAUGGAUCUCUUAUGGAACUUAUGCAUCAUGCUCACAUAUUUAUCCAAGCAGAUUUUCACCAAGUCUUGGUAGUCUGUUGGUAUUUCAGCUCAAGUCUACCAUUUUGACCUUUUCUCAAAACCUUUAACAUAAAAUACAUACAGAUGUUUCUCAUUUAUCAUCCACUAAGUUUUUGUCUUUCUUUCGUCUUUUACAGUAUUUAAUAAUUUUUACUUUCUGCUGCAAAAGUGACAGAAAGUCCCCAGUUGUCACAUUUAUUUGUUGAUGUCUGAGAAGAUUAAAAAUUUUAUUAUGUAUAUCAGUAUUAUAAAGACGUUUUAAAGACUCACUACUGGCUUUUUGUACUCACAUCCCUGUAUGCUAAGUGGGAUUUUUACUUUUUCCUGUCAUUCAAUCACAUCUCACAAGCUGCCUUGCUUUCACAUUUUUACAAACUGUUAUGCUAUUUCCCAUUUUAAUCCAGUGACUGUAUAAUGAUUAUACUGAGGAAUUUGUAUCUAUGUUUCCGUAAGUGCAGUGAAUAAAAAUUGCCACACUGUGUGUAAUUAGGUAUGUAACGUGGACUCAUUUUAUUUAAAAGUAAUUAAUAGUAGUGUAAUAUAUUGAUGUGUUGUUGCAGAUGUUACUGUAAUCUUGUAAUGACAUUUGAUGUUCACUGUCUGUACAAAACACAAUAUGACAAGUCUUAAUAAAUUUAAACCUCA